GCAGCCGUCAAACCCCGCGCUGUUCACUUCCUCUUCUCGGGAUUUAUUGCAAACCUCCCCGGAGCGUUUCUAAUCAAACUGGAGCAUUCUUCCUGAUCCCGACGUUUCUUUUUAUUUAUUUUUUAUUAAUAAAGAAGGGAAACGUGUUAACGCCCACCUCCUUGCUGACGUUGAAUGGGGAAGUCGGAGCGGAGGUAAAGUGAACUCUGGGGAGGCUCCACGCCCUUAAACGGGGUGAUGGCGUGUGUGCGGAGACAAUCUGAGCUCAGCAGGUCUCAGGAGUUAUUCCAACAUGCCAGGAGCCAGAAAGUGAUCCAAACGAACGUGAAGCUGCUAGGUUUGGAAGGUGACCCGGACCUCCAGUUCCUCCUGCAAGGCGGAGAUCUCCUCAAGGUCCGGUCCCGAUCCUGGAAGAAGACCCGCUUUCUCCAACUGCAAGAAGAUUGCAAGACCAUGUAUCGCAAAUCCGAUAAACUCUUCAAGUCCCAUCAGACCUUUCCUAUCGAUGACAUCUCGUCGGUGAGGAUAGGGCGACAGUCGGAGGGCCUAAAGAAGAACACAGAGGAGCAGCUGGAAAGCCGCUGCUUCUCCAUCGUCUUCAAGAGCCGCCGCAAGAACCUGGACCUCGUCGCCAGCUCACACGAGGAGGCCAAGCAGUGGGUCAGGGGUCUGGAGAAACUCCUGUCUAACGUGAACAACCUCAGCCGGCAGGAAACCAGGGAGCACUGGAUCUUCAACUGCCUGAAAAAGGCGGAUAAAGACAAGGAUGAAAAGUUGAAUCUGUCAGAGGUCAAGAGGUUCCUGCGUCUGAUCAACAUUGAGAUGGACGAUUCUUAUGCUGAAGUGCUCUUCCAGAAUUGCGACAAAUCGAAGUCUGGAUACCUGUCUGGGCAGGAGAUCAAAGAGCUGUACGAUUUGCUGAGCCAGCGGGUGGAGAUUGACGUGAUCUACCAAGAGUACGCUAAAACCACGGGCUUCAUGAGCGCUCACAACCUGGUAGAGUUCCUGAUGAAGGAGCAGAGAGAAAGGGCCUCUCUGGCUGAUGCACACAGCAUCAUCGACAAGUAUGAGCCCGAUGAGCAAGUCAAGCAGAAGAAACUGCUGUCCAAGGAUGGCUUCCUUAUGUACAUGCAAUGCCCCGAAAUCAUGAUCCUCAACCAGGAGCACAAGGAGCUGUACCAGGACAUGCAGCAGCCGCUUAGCCACUACUUCAUCUCCUCCUCACACAACACCUACCUCUUGGAGGAUCAGCUGAAAGGGCCCAGCAGCACGGAGGCUUACAUCAGGGCUUUGAUGAAGAGCUGCCGCUGUGUGGAGUUGGACUGCUGGGACGGCUCGGACGACGAGCCUGUGAUCUACCAUGGUUACACACUCACCUCAAAAAUCCUCUUCAAAGAUGCAAUCCAAGCCAUCAAGGAGUAUGCGUUUAAGACGUCCAAUUAUCCGGUUAUCCUCUCCCUGGAGAACCACUGCAGCGUGGAGCAGCAGGCGGUCAUGGCCCGCCACCUCAGCUCCAUGCUGGGGAGCGCACUCGUCACCGCUCCCCUGGGUGACGGCAUGCCCACCAAUUUCCCAUCUCCUGAGGAGCUCAAAGGGAAGUUUUUGAUCAAAGGGAAGCGACUGAACAAACUGGAGGCAAACUUCACCAGCGAGGCUGCAGGAGAUGACACUGACGUGACUGAGGAGGAGGAGUCAAGUGAUGAAACCGAUGAAGAGCAAAAGAAGAAGAGCAAGUUGAAGCUGGCGAAAGAGCUGUCUGACAUGGUGAUCUACUGCAAGAGCGUACACUUCAAUGGCUUUGAGGACGCCCAGAAAAACCUCAGCUUCUAUGAGAUGUCGUCCUUUAAGGAGGGAAAGGCCAUGAAGCUGGCAAAGGAGUCUGCAAAUGCCUACAUCCAUCACAAUGUGGAAAAGCUGAGCCGUGUUUACCCCGCAGGCUCUAGGACCGACUCCUCCAACUACAACCCUGUGCCUCUAUGGAAUGCUGGCUGCCAAAUCGUUGCCUUGAACUUCCAAACAAGCUGCUCAGAGAUGGACAUAAACCAGGGUAGGUUCCUUGUCAAUGGCAAGAGUGGAUACAUCCUGAAGCCAGCCUUCAUGAGGGACCCCUCCUCAGAGUUUGACCCCAACACCCCGACCCCCGGGGACUGGCGUCAGCCCAAGACUCUGCACGUCAUGGUCAUAUCGGCUCAGCAGCUCCCCAAAGUGAACCAAAAGAAAUCCUCCAUUGUGGACCCGCUGGUUAAAGUGGAGAUUUACGGAGUGCCUGAUGACAUGGCAGUGAAGGAAACCACAGCUAUUGAAAACAACGGCUUCAACCCCUCGUGGAACGAAAGCUUCCAGUUUGGCGUGUCUGUACCAGAGCUGGCGCUGGUCCGCUUCGUCAUCGAGGACUACGACUCUGCAUCCAGUAACGAGUUUGUCGCGCAGUACACUCUGCCGUUCACCAGCCUAAAAAUGGGGUACAGAAAUAUGCCUCUGCUCAACAGGAACGGAGACCUCCUCCCCUCAGCGGGACUCUUUGUACACAUCAUGGUCCUCAAUGCUUAAUGAGAUGCCAGCAGCUUGUUUUUCCAUAGGACCUAUUUUACAUGUUUUAAUUAUUUUACGAGAUUGUUUCCCAACUUUUAGCCUGCUUUUAACUUAUUGGCUAGAUUCGUUUAGUCUUUAACUACAGCAAAGUCAGAUUCUUAACACGUAGCAUUGCGAUUUUAGACAUCAUAGAUGGGGGCUCUUCUUAUAGUGAAAUUGUUCCGUUUAAAAAAGUGAAACUUUUAGCCUUUUCCCCCAAAAUUUGGUCAAAAAAUUGAAUUUUUUUUUUAGUUAAAUGGUCUUUUUAAUUUACUCAUUUAUUAGUUCUGUGUUAUAUUUUUCAUAUUACAGUAUCAUCUUAAUGGAUUUUGUGUAAAUCAAAAUCAGACACUAAAGACCUGAAUCCUAAAUGUGUCUCUAAUGCUUUUUUUUCUUCUCCCUCCACCUCAUUAUUCUGCAGCUCUAUUGUUGUGACUGAAGUUCUUUUGAAACCACGGUUUCCUUUGUGUCGCUCAAGCAGGAACUGAAUUUGAUUUGUUGACUAAAGGUUUGCCACUCAAACCAUUCAUCAAUGAACAUCUAGCUCACUAUGAAGAGAGAAAUUUCUGCACUUUGAAUGCAAAAACUUAUUUUCAAUACAAGAAAAAUGUUUUAAAUAACUUUUGUGCUAGAUUAAGGAAACUGAAGUGUUGACUGGAAAUUUAACUUGCUCGAUAAACACAUUUCUAAACCAUAUUUUAUUCAUUCAUAACAACACUUUACUGAAAAUUGCUGCAUUUGAAGACAUUUUUUAUAGUAUGAAAAAUGAAUAUGAAAUGACAAACAUGUGAGCCAAGAAAUAUUUAAAAAAUUAAUAUUACAGUGGGUAAUUAAAGAUUAAACUGCUAAAUUAAAACCUAAAUUAGCUGGAAAACAUUCAAUUUUAUUAGAAAAAAAAAUUGUUAUAAGGUGAGAUGGCAUCUUGUGAAAUGAUCUUAAAAGAGAUGCCAUCCAGAAAAUUGGUGUUUUAAAGGUUAAUCUUUUUAGCUUAAGGUUCAAAAGCUCAAAAUACAUUUUUUUUAAAUUAAAAGUGGCAGAAGCCAAAAAUACUGACAAGCUCACAUUUCUGCUCAUCCUUUACUCCUUUUUUUUUUAAUUCAAGUUUUUUUCUUCUUCAGAAAAAUACCAGUUUCAUGACUUACAUUAUUUAUAACCAAUUCACCUUUUUUUCCAUGUUUGUCAUCUUGCCCGCCCACCAUUUUCCACAAUAAAACUGCU